AGCUCGGAUGAACCCAUUGUUUUACCGCAUACGACAUUGCUUAUAAUCACCAGUAUACAGACAGCGUCUCCUGCAAGAACGUAAGCUGGUGACUGACUGGAAGAUAGGUCUACUUCUAAAUCAUAAACGCAGUAGGAGGCAGGUGUACGAAAUGACUGAAACGAUGGAGGACCAUGCUGUAAAUGGAGAUCGCGUAUUUCCGCUUCUUUAUCCGCUCAACAAAAGCCUGGCAGAAGAAAUCGAGAGAUUAUUUUCCAAAUGGUCAUUUUCUCCCGAGUCACCUUACUAUGGAACAGCAAAAGAUGAUGUGAUGACAGAAUUCCGUUUAAAUGGACAAGAUUCAGAAUACUGCCCUGAAUUUAUCCCAGAUAACAAAUCUUUAUAUGUGUCAAACUUCCUGGAUUCCAACAGGAUGAUCAAUUUUGCUACUGCCUGUACAUCUGCUCCUACCACACGUUCCAAAAAGCGGACAAAGAGGCAAAUCCAAGAAUGUGUAUUUUGUAAAAAUAAUGGCGAACAAGAAAUGUAUUACAAACAGCACAUAUUAAAAGAUCCAGAGGGACGGGUGGUCUGCCCCAUCCUGCGAGCCUACACUUGUCCUAUAUGUAAUGCUAAAGGAGAUAAUGCACAUACUAUUAAGUAUUGUCCAAAGAACAGUAAUUCUGACUCUGUAACCACAAUGACCACUUUGAAAACCCAUCGCACUUCAACAGGCCACAGGCGAAACAAGAGCAUUUCUUCUGCUUAAGCAGCACAGAGAUUCACAUAUCUCAUGCUUAGAUGUAAAAUUAUAAAUCUCAAAGAAUAUUUUUCACGUUCUUCAAAUUAUUCUUUGAUUUUUUUUUCUGUAUUGUUUUACACCUGGAUUUCUGUCUUUUACUGGUGAACAUAUAUUUCAAGUGAGGAUAUUUAUUUUAGAAGUAUGAGUAUAAGGGUUAUGUUGAUUAUAUAUUAAAUGCAAAUAUUUGUAAUUUAUAAUAUGCUGACCAAGUGUCUGUUACUCUUUUACAAGAUCAUUGAUCAUUCAUUACUUUACUUUAUUCUGCCCAUUAUAUUCAAACUGAAGUCGUUUGGCAUCUAUAUUGCAGAAUUCACGGCACAUGAUGUGUCAUAAAUUUAUUAUUUAUAAGUUUUGACAAGAUAAUCAUUUAUGACAUCUGCAUUAUUGGUCAUUCAUGAUACCAUCAUUAUUUAAAUUUGAAAUGUUUUAAGUAUGGCAUAAAAUUCAGGAGAAAAUGUACUGCCACUGUUCUAUUUACAAUAUGAAUUAAAGGGAAUCUAACUGAAUAUUGGUCAACUCUUUCAAAGCUCACUGGUCACUCAGUAAUUAGUUUAUUGGAUGUAGGCCUAUAUGAACAUGAGAGAAAAGGUCUGCCUUGUAUUUUCAUUUCCUGCAAGAAAUUAGUUUGGAUACUGGCUAUAUUUUCUAUUCAUAAAACAAAAUUAACUUUUUUACUGUACUCAAAAUAAAAGCAGCCACAUAUUGUUCUUACUCGUAGGUACUCGAAUGAUUGGAAGACUAUUUUCUUAGAAAUCAAAUUGGCAGUUUCUCAUAAAAAUAUACUGAGUAACUAAUAGGCACAUUUAAUGGUUUUCCGCAAGUAGUUAUUUUAUUUAAAAUGGUGAUAUCCAAGAGUACAAAAUAAAUUUGUAUUGUGAUUGUUUUAAAGCAACAAUUCCAUCCAAUUGUGAUAUCAAACAAUGUCACCAUACUAAUUAUGAUUACUGAGCAAUUUCUGUGCCAAGUAUAAGGUUAGAUUUAUUUUGUUGUGCUUAAUUAUAUGUUGACCUAGCAUGAAACAUAUGUAUCUUGAAGUUUCUUCUUUGUGUUGCUGGUAGAAAUUCACAGUUAAUAGGAAAUUUGUAAGAUUUUUAAAUGUUACAAUAUUUUUAGACAAACAAUGAUUCUUUCGGUCUGAGAAUAUGAUUUUAAUGACAAUUUUUGCUUUUCCUAUUCUAGUUAUUUGAAAUCUUUGCUAAACAUCACUGAAAUGUGUAAUGUAAUGAUUCAUUGAGUAUGUAUGAAAACUGUUUCUCAAACAUUGAGCUGCACAUCACCCUAAGUUAUACUUUAAGUAUUAAUUAUUUACACUUUACAGUGAAAUAUUUUACUGUACUCCAAGUUGUUUAAUAGAAAGACUUGAUUAGAAGACUGAUGAUAAUUUUGUGAUAUACAGUACAGAGUGGCACAUCCGAGUGGAGGGUUAUGGGACCAACACUGUGAAGAGUUGUUUUUGCCAACACCACAUGGAUUUUAAGACUUUAUUUAUAAGUACAAGCUCGCUCUUCUACCUCACUUUGGGUGUGCUACUCUUAAUAAUUGUAACGUACAGUAAUUUUGUGUUUGUCGUAGAUUGUUUUGAUACUCAGUUAAUUUAUGAUGUAUGAACAGUUUGUUAAUAAAAUUGAGUUCACUUCUAA